UAGACCCUCUUACUCCUUUGUUUUUCCCCCCUUACUCUCCCAAGGCAAAGUGGGGCUUAGCGAAGAACUCAAAAGACAAGGGUAAAAAAGAGGUAUUAAGGAAAAAUCCAAGGGGCAAAGCGAAAAUAAAAAAUAAAAAAGCAAACACAGAGAAGAGUCUCAUCGGAACCCUUCCGUUUCAUACCCCAAAGAGAAAAAAAGGGGGGAAAUUUAUGGGUUUGAGUUCCAAACCAAUGACAGGAUUGUCGAGUGGAGCUGACGAAUCUUCACUAGAUUGCAAGAAAAACCCUGAAAAGAAAGACCCGGCAAGCCCUUCGAUUGAUUUGGAUUCAUUUUCUGAAGGGUCUUUGUUGAAAUCUGAACCUGAUAAGCUUAGGUUCCGGUUUAAAAAGUUUCAUGGGCUCUUUCUGAAAGAGAUCUGUGCCCAAGGUUGUGUUUGCUCUCUCCCUGCAAUGCCUGAAGAUGGGCAGCCUGUGGACUGGCUUAAGCUUUUCUUAGUUGUAAGAGAGAAAGGUGGAUACAAUGCUGUCUCGGAAAGUGGAUUAUGGGAUUCGGUUGCGGCGGAAUCUGGGUUAAGUUUGAAUAUAGCGUCGUUGGUGAAGUUGGUUUAUGUUAAGUACUUAGUUUCAUUAGAGAGAUGGUUGGAGAAAUUUGUUCAAAGUAAGGACUCGGCGAGUGAAUCACAUUAUAGUGAUCAUUUAUUGGAGAUGGGAGCUGAGCAUAAAAGGUUUUUAUUGGAAUCUAAGAAAUUUGUGGAGUUUUCUCUAGUGGAAGAAAGUAUAGUGGCAGGGUCAGGUGAAGGAGAGAAAUGUGUACACGGUGAAGAAUCUAUACAUAUUGAUUUAACAAAGGAGUUUUUGGAUUACGAGGAGAUGGAAAAAUUUCGAAAUGAUGAUGACUCGAAGAGUGUGGUGGUUGACUCAGACGGAAAAAAGUGCAUUAAUGUUGAUGAAUAUGUGGAUACACCUUCAGAUUUGGAGAGAAGUGUGGGCAACUCAUCUGGUGUUGAGAAAAUGUGUAACGAGUAUGAGGCUAAGAGUGCAAUUAUGGAGGAUUCUGUUGAGUGUAAGAAAUGCUCACAUGGUGCUAAUCAUGUGACGUUGGAUUCAAAUGACACUAAGGAAAGUUUUUCAUCCCAUAAGAGGAAGCGGGAUUCUAUGUGGGGAAUGCUUAAUUGGGUUAUAGAGGUUGCGAAGUAUCCAUGUGAUCCAGUGGUUGGUUCAUUACCGGAGUGCAUAAAGUGGAAGCCUUCUGGCAGUGAGGAACUGUGGAAGCAGAUUUUAUUGUUUCGAGAAGCUGCCUUUCGCCGAAAGGGUGAUCAGUCAAGUUCUGACCAAUCAAAAUGGCAGAAAUCUCAGAUGCAUCCAUGCAUGUAUGAUGAUAACACAAACAUUGGGUACAAACUCAGAGAAAGGUCGAGUUGCACCAAGAAGCUCCUUUUUGGGAAUUUGCCAUCAAAGGGUCUGGAUGGUCCUAAGGCUGGGAUUUAUAAACAGUUGCAUGGAACUUGUGACUCUGUGACGCCAGGUUCGGUUUUCUAUUGGGACGUUGUCAAUCCAGUUCCUAUUGGGCCACAUUUUCAAGCUGAGGUACCAGCAUGGACAGAUGUAGCUUCAGAAAGUGAUGCAAAAUGGCUGGGGACUCGUUUUUGGCCAUUGGAGAAAAAGGAACCGAGGUUUCUAAUUGAAAGGGACCGGAUCGGGAAGGGAAGACAAGAUUCAUGUGGCUGUCGUAGUGUAGGUUCUGUGGAAUGUGUAAAAUUUCAUGUUGCUGAGAAAAGAUCGAAGAUGAGGCUUGAGCUGGGUUCAGCUUUCUACAAGUGGAAAUUUGGUAAGAUGGGUGAAGAUGUUGGAUCUGCUUGGAGUAAGGAAGAACAGAAGAUGUUUUCUUAUAUAGUGAAGUCAAAUCCUUCAUCAGUACAAAAAUGUUUUUGGGAUGAGAUCCGCAAGCACUUCCGCAAAAAAAGUAGGGAAGAACUUGUUUGCUAUUAUUACAAUGUCUUCCUUUUGCAGCGUAGAGCAUAUCAGAAUCGAGUCACUCCGACCAACAUCGACAGCGAUGAUGAACCUGAAUUUGAAUCAGUUGCUAAAGGCAUCAGGCAGGAAGUAACUAAGCCUUGCACCUUCUUAAUUUCCCCGAAGAAGCUGCAGAAAAAAUCAAGAUACUCUUCCAAGUAAAUAAGGAAUAGAUCGACAAAGACGCAAAGGCUGUCGGUUAGUUCUUUUGAGGUUUCGAUUAAAAUAGACAUUCCUCUUAGUCUACAUUUUGAUGAGUGAAAGUUCUGGUGGCCCAAUUUUGUUUGAAAGGGGUAGAAACACUGAUUGAUGACACCUCUGGUCUCGAGCAACCCGGUGCAUGCUUGUUUCAGGUUUUGAGGUAUAUUCAUGUUCAUUUUUUCAAACUAUCAACAUCAACCAAAUACGGGCAUUUUGGAUGUGAUACAAGAACCUGGUAUUUUUUCGCCUAUUAGCUUGACAAAAAAAAAAUUCCAAAAGGCUGUCUCAGGUGCAAGUGACAGCCACCUGAGACAGCCUGCGCUGAUAUUGAGCCAUAAAUUUUGCUUGGUAAGAUGAAAAAAGAAUGAUGAAAAUGGAGUAGAAAAAUAGAAAGAUGAAAAGAGAUUAUUUGAUAUUGAGCAUAUAGUUUUUUUCUCUUUUUUAAUUUAUUUUUUCUCCUAUCAUGAUUUCGUCUAAGUCAGGUCCGUACACCAUACACCAGACUCAUAGGCCU